UGACGCAAGAGGUGUAGGAGUCAACUUUGGCAACCCCGCCUCGGGCUGACUGAGCCUGUGGCCCGUGUUUCGCGCCGGCCGGCGGGCGGGUUCCAGGCUCCGCCAUGUCCCUGGCUGUGGGCGACAGCGGGCGGCUGGGCCGGUUCGGCAGGCGGGGGGCGACCCCCGGGACGCCCUGGUUGGGGGGCGGAGUGGUGGCUCGGAGUCUGCAGGCCGAGCUGCUGCAGGAGGAGGAGGAGGAGGCGGCAGCGAGCGGUAUCUCUGGGUCCCAGGGCGUGGCCCCGGUGCCGCCGCUGCCCCACAAGCGGAAUGGCGUGUUGACGGCUCCGCCGGGGGGGAAACGUUGGCCGGCCCGGGCCUGCUCGAUGCUGUGCUGCCUCCUGGCCGUCUCCGCCCUCGCCUUCCUCCUGGCCAUCGCGUGCCUCGUGCUCAAAGAUUUGCGCUCUGAGAAAGAGAAGAAUGAAGAUGGUAUAGAAACUGGCUUACUAGGAUUUUGGGGUCUGUUUGUUCUAGCCUUGAUGACAGGGCUCUCAUGCUGCAGCUUUUCUUGGACGGUGACUUAUUUUGAUUCCUUUGAACCAGGAAUGUUUCCUCCGACUCCACUUUCACCUGCACGAUUCAAGAGACUGACGGGGCAUUCCUUCCACAUGGGCUAUAGUAUGGCAAUACUGAAUGGCAUUGUGGCAGCUCUCACCAUAGUGUGGUGCCUCAUUUGAAUCCUAUGCUGGCUCGGUGAUCUUCAACAGGUCAAGAUGCACAUAGAAACUACUAUAAAUUGUCCAGUCUGCUUUUUUUACAACACUGUGGAAUGACAUUUCACAUCUCAAAUAGAAAUGUCUGCCAUUCACUGUAUGUUUCAGAUUUAUAGAUGAAUCUUUGGGUUUAUAUUUAUAGGGUAUUUGCUUGAGUUGCAUUAAGAGUCAGGGGAGGGGAAAAUGCCAUAUGUUUAUAGGCAAAUGUGAAUUUGUCUUAAAACAAGAAGUAUUUACGAAUUGAAAAUGUUUUAAACCCAGGGGAUGACAUUUUGAUUGCUAUUACUGUAUAAAGGAGUCUUAUCUGCACUUCCAGCUAUACUACAGAGUACAGAUAAACAUGACACUUAUGAAUUUAACCAUUUAUUUAAAAUGUACAGUGUUGCUAAUAAUAAAGGCCACUAACUUUUUUUUCACUGUACAUGCUAUUUAACUUGUACUUGGCCUAGGCAGUGAGAACUAGAUUAACUUUUGUUAGUCUAGUCAGUUUUAUACUCUGGUUUGCCAGCAUUUGCGCAAUACUUGUUUAUAACACUGCAGAGGACAAUUUAUUUAAAUAUUUCAUUAGAUUUUUUUUUAAAUCAAAAUAUUUCAUUUCAUACUAGUUUUUAUAAACUAUCCCCUCCUCGUUUUGUAAACAACCUAAAACUUGUGCCUAAAUCACCUGAUAGUGUUUUUACUUUGGAGUAAUGCAACUAUAUGCUACAACUACUGUAUAUACAAAAAAAAAGUUUCACUAAGAAUGUGUGGAAACUUCUCCACUUUGUGCCAUUAAAGUAUAGAAAAUAUUACCUACUCUUUUUACAUGGUAAAUUAAUACAUAACAUCCGUUUCCAGUAUUUGCAGUAGGGUACCUCACUGAAGAACUGCAGGAGUUAUUUUUAUAGCUUUUUGCAUCUUUGUAAUGUAUGUAACUGCUCAGCUUCUUACAAUAUUUUUCUUAAUCUCUUAAAAGGAUCAGGAGUCUACCAAACAGUUAAACUACAAUGGCAUAAGUGUUGGAAUUUCAUUUUUUACUUAUUUUGCUUCACAUGCAUAUUUGAAGUGUAUGGAUAUUUUAAGAUGUAUAUUGGUUGUAUUCUGUAAUUAAAAUGCUUGUAAAGUUGAUUAGAGUAAAACUCUUGUAAAAGUAUAAAAAAAAAUUCAUUUCCAGAUUACAAGUUAAUUUGUGUAAUUUAAAAAAUUAACAUGCUGUAAAAUGUGCAAAUCAGCAGUUCAAUUUGGACUUAACCAAAUGUAAACAAAUCACAAUGAUCACUUAAAGUUGACUACACUUUUUAAAAUGUAUGUAUUGUUUACAUAUAAGGGUAUGCAUGUUUAGUAUAUUAAAGAUGAACCAAUUCCUUUUUCUAGUAUAUUAAACAGAUAUUGAUACUGAAUUCAGAUCUUUUCAUGCUGUAAACCCUACAUAUGUACAAAUAGCUUUAGUCAAAUGCAAUGUUUACUUUUUUUACAUUAAACAGAAAAUAGUUUAAGAUCCAAGAACUUGUUAAUAAAUAUUUUACAUUU